ACACACACAUGCAGACGAUGUUUACAAGUCUUCUCUUGAUGUUUAUGUCACAUUUACUGAGAUUAUCGGACUCUAAAUGAGUGAUUGAAUGAAUAAUGGUUAUAGCUUUAGGUCUGACCGUAGCAGCUGCGUGUUACUGGUACUUUCGUGGAAAGGGCAGUGAGAAUAGUGCCCCAAAUUUAUCGGAGAGUGAAAAGUUGAACUUGCUGAACAUGGCCGAAUCGGGGACCAGCGAACAAGUUCAGGAUGCCAUUCUGCGGCUGAGCGGCGCGACGAGUCUUGAUGAUCUUCAAGCCACCAUCAAGGAUGCACUGUACCUGGCUCUGCCAAACGUGUGUGAAGUCGUUGUGUACUUGCUGAAUCCAGAUACUCAGGAACUGGUCAGUUCGGAUGGACUGACCCACACACUGCCAAAAGAUGGACUAGGAGCUGAUGUAGUCCGUCAGCGCCAGCGGAUACAAAUAGAUGGCAUUGAUCCUGCCGACCCUCUCUCGGGACUCCUCAAGAGUGGAACAAAACCAAUAGAUGAUGAAAGAAUAGUCUUAUGUUCGCCUGUGGUAGAAAAGGAAGAUGAUCGAGUCAUAGCUUUAAUAUUGAGUGUAAGCGACGAGUUAUCAGGAUCGGAUUUUAAAAAUUUGGAAUUCUUAGAAAAACAAUUGGCAGUAUGCUACCAUCGAAUAAAGAAGACCAUGUCUCCGACCCCAUCACACACCAAUAUCAGUAACCAUGUAAUGAAGGAUAAGGGACCAAAACACACAGAGUCGAUACUCGAACUGUGUGCUGAAUUAUAUGACCAGGAUGCUGCAUCGUUACAGCUCAAAGUCAUUAAAUAUCUCCAAGACACUACGGACGCAGAAUGUGGAUUCCUCCUACUCAAGUCACAGGAAGAAGAACUAUUCUGUCAGGUGAUAGGAGACAAAGUUUUAGAAGAAGAGGUGGGAUUUCCAGCGGCAUUUAUGAUGGACACUGGUAAUCAUCAAGAUCAUGGGGAUCUCCACACGACAAGAGACCCUUUAACGUUAGAAGAUUUACAUGAGGAGCAGCGGGCGUUCCUGGCGAGACUUCUUGGUUAUGAGAUCCACUCAUUACUCUGUGUACCUGUGAUCAGUAAAGUCAGUAACGAGCUCGUCGCCCUCGCGUGCUUGGUCAACAAAAAUGGUGCUACCAGAUUUUCUGGGGCCGACAUAAAUGCAGUCAAACAGUGCUUUCAGUAUACAGCAACAGUGUUGACGAGCACGGUAGCUUUCCAGAAAGAACAGAGAUUAAAGAAUCAAACCGAGACAUUACUAAAAGUUGCCAAAAAUCUUUUCCGCCAAUUAGACGACUUGACUGUGUUAUUACGAGGGAUCAUGCAAGAGGCACGAAACUUGACACAAGCCGAGAGGUGUUCCGUCUUCUUAGUAGAGAAAGAAACAAAAGAACUCGUCGCCAAAGUUUUUGAUGGGAUUGCUGCUGAUACCGAGAAUACUGUGAGGUUUCCACAACAGCAAACCGAGAUUCGUUUGCCGAUCUCACAAGGGAUUGCUGGAUAUGUUGCAACUACUGGUGAGAUUUUGAAUAUCAAGGAUGCCUACUCUCACCGUCUAUUCUAUCGAGGAAUGGACGAGGCCACCGGCUUUCGUACGAGAAACAUUCUGUGUUUCCCAAUCAAAGAUGACAAUGAGGUUAUUGGUGUUGCCCAGCUGUGUAACAAGAAAAAUGGUGCUUACUUCACAGUAUUUGAUGUUGAGAUUGCCAAGGCCUUCUCGGUUUAUUGCUGUAUAAGCAUAGUCCAUGGCUUAAUGUACCAGAAAGUCCAAGAUGCGCAAAGUCGGAGUCGGCUAGCCAACGAGCUGAUGUCAUAUCAUAUGAAAGUGAAUGAAGAUGACGUCGCUUAUAUGCUGAAUGUUACUAUCCCUCCAAUAUCUGUCUAUGGCGAGAACUUCUCCACGUUUGACUACAUUCCAAGGAGCCUCCAAGACAAAGACCUGGCCAUGGCAUUGAUGGCAAUGUUUGACGAACUUGGUUUCGUGCAAAAAUGGAAGAUUCGAAAAGAAACCCUAACUAGGUUCACCCUGAUGAUGAAAAGAGGUUACCGUGACAACCCGUACCACAACUGGAUGCACUCGUUCUCAGUGGCCCACUUCUGCUACCUCUGUAUCAAGAACUGUGACCUGGCUGGCAAAUACCUCACUGACAUUGAAAUGCUUGCCCUGUUUGUCGGCUGUAUCGGCCAUGACAUUGACCAUCGAGGCACCAAUAACUCCUUCCAAGUUGCAUCGCAAUCAGUGCUUGCAGCGUUGUACAGCUCUGAGGGGUCGGUUAUGGAGCGCCACCACUUCGCACAGACCGUCUGCAUCCUGAACCUGGACUCGUGCAACAUAUUCGAGAGUAUGUCAGAGAAGUCUUAUCGACGAGUACUCGAUCUAAUCCAACAUGUCAUCCUUGCGACCGAUCUUGCUCAUCAUCUAAGAAUAAUCAAAGACCUACAAGCUAUGGCAGAAAAUGGCUGGGAAGACACAGAAAAGUGCCAUAAGCUCGUGCUCUGCCUCCUCAUGACUUGCUGUGAUCUCUCUGACCAAACCAAAAGUUGGCAGAACUCAAAAACUGUUGCUGAAUGUGUGUAUAAAGAGUUCUUCUCCCAAGGUGACCUUGAGAAGGCAAUGGGGCGUAAGCCACUUGAUAUGAUGGACAGGGAGCGUGCCUGUAUCCCUGAUCUUCAGAUAGGAUUCUUAGAACACAUCUGUUUACCUGUGUUCAGUGUUUUGGGGAAGGUGUACCCGAAGGCAAAGCAGUGUUUAGAUGCCGUCCAGAGUCAUAAAUCCAUGUGGACGCGGGUUAGUAACCGGUUGAAGGCCGGCCAGCUCACUAGUAACAGUUCGUUGGAUAUCUUUGAGAUGGACCUCGAUUCCGAGGAGGAGCGCCGUCACAAGGAACAGGCAGAGAGACUCAACAGUGACUCUGUGCGCGAACAACCUGAGGAUGAGGUCGAGGCAGACGGUGACAGGCAUGUUGAAAAUAAUGUGUAGUAAAUCAAAAUAUAUGUCAGGUUACCCUUUCGCUACGUGCUGACAGUCAAUAUCAAUAAUAAACAGUGGAGCUAACUUUUUACUGAAAGGUCGAAACUAUUCGAAAGUGUCGCCAUCUAUACUAUUAGGAUGAAACUAAUUAUUCCUGAGUGCGUUGGCAUUUUUAGAGAGGUUACGAUCAAGUGCUGGUUAAUAAAUAUUUUAGAAGGGCAUGACGCGCUAUGCACCUCACCUGCACGACAUAGGACCAAGUACAUGACGUACAAUGCACGUCACCCGCACGACAUGGGACAAUGUACAUGACGUGCUAUGCGCGUCACCUGCAGCGAAAGGGUACAUUUAGUGCAGGACAGAGCCUUGGGGAAGGAAAAGGCAAGCAUGAUAUUGUUUGUCAGUACUGUCAGUCGUGAAAUUUUUGCAAUGCUAAAAGUUGGCAUAUUUGCUCAUUUCCAAUUGCUGGUUGACUAAACGUUGCGUUUGCUGCCAAAAUUUCACGGUUAAUGUGUUGUUGAAAUUUUCGCACCUUUUCAGUUCGCAGAUGCAAAGUUGCAAAAAUGAAAUACUUGCGCAAAAUUUCACGUGUUAUGGUGGCAAGGAAAAGAAGGGGACCAUGACCCUGCCUUGAAAUCUGUGCCUGUUUUGUUGACUUUGACCUCAUGACCUUGAGAAGUUUCCGUUGUGACCCUGGAAAAGAAGCGGAGGAUUUUAAGAGUGUUGUUCUUAGGAAAAAUACUUAAAGCUUGCAUUGAUUGACAAUUUGAUUGUAGAUGUGAGAGGCAUUUCUUCAAAUUCAAUAAGUGUUUGUAGGUGAUUGUGCUUGGUAUUUUUUCUCCGGCUGUGAUAGGCCACGGGAAUACUGAUACCAUGAGAUGUUAACACCUGGUCUUGCUCUCUUCGUUAGUCUACGAUUAUCAAGUUUUCUUCGAAGUCUGUGUGGCUGUAUGUUUCUUUAAACUCGAGUCAGAAUAUCAUGCAAUUGUUGGUGAUGUUUAACCAUGUCUCAUCUUGUUAAAACUGAAACGUUUUGGAUUUUUUGUUGCAGUUUUUAGUGUCAGCCUGCAUACUGGGAUGAGAAAAGAGUAGCUAUUGGCUCAGAUGAUAAAAUGAUCAGCAUACUGUGUCAGUGCCAUUAAGCCAUUGAGGUGUGUGUGUUACAUAUAGGCCUUUUGUACAGGUGCCUCUUAACCGGCUUAACUGCGUCGACACAGUAUAUUCCUUCUGGCUAAGUCACUGAUGACAAGCUCAUCCCCAACCAUCCCAUGACAAAAUAACUCUCGACAUUAUGUCAUCAUUAAAACGUUCUUUCCAGACGGGUCGUGACCAAGCAGCACUAUUGAGAGUAAAAUUUAUUUGACUUUGUUCGUUUCUCUGUUUUGUGUGAGGCUUGACUUGAGGUUCAUUCACAUAGAAACCGUCCAUGGUUUUAUCUUACUUGUUUCGUUUUAUCCAGCAGGUACACCUGCAUACUUUUAUGCAAAGAAAAUUAAACGAGAAUUGUACCGAGUUGGCCCCCUUGUUACUAAUUGUUUCAACUUCAUUACUUGUUUUUUCCGAAAUGAAGUCUGCUGGGAUUGGUCAGCUUGAGUAAUAAAUCUCACUGUUUAGCUCACCUUUAAAAAGUUAUCCUUUGGUUAUUUCCUGAAGCCAGUGUUGGCCACCAGGCCUCCUUAUAUUUUGUUCAAUCAUUGUUUUACAUUACCGAUUGAACUCAAUUAUAUCGCAUGACAAGAGCGGUAGAUUCAUCAAUAUAUGAAAUGUGAGUUGUCACAGCAAAACCAGGCGCAUGUCACACAGAAGAUGAACCUUAAUGACACCAGGAUGUCAUGGAGGAAAUCGAUGUAUUCAGAUUUCACAGAACGCAGACAAUAAUGAAACAAUCAACUAAUCUGUCUCAACCUGCUAAGCUUAGAGCAGCAUGUGCCUGGUUGCUGUGACGGGUCACACAUGUUUGGACUUAACUAGAACCAACAAGCUGUACACCGCACUGUACAUAUCUACAACUGGUCAGGCUCUAGUUAAAAACAAACUUCAACCUUACAUACAGGGUGUAUCAUCAAAAAAACCUCUAGAUUUCCUAGGGCCAGAAAGAGUGUGUUUUUGAUUUCUUUCGCAAUCCCUAAUGGAUGAUUCUGCACUACAUGUUGAGAGACUUACCAAAUUAGCAGGGGCAGAUUCUGGCACAUCUUAGCACAUGCAGGCACAGCCAAAGGCACUGGCUCCAACAUUGGUGACUGGGGGAACUCCCUAUGUAAUACAAUAAACAUGAUUUCCAGGCAUCUCUGAGGAAAAACAGAAAAUAGUUUUCAAAAACGUUCCAAAUCGCCAAUAUGUUGCCCCAGGAGCAAUACUACUCAAUUCACCUAAUGUAAGAUAUCUUGCUUUAUUGACGAAUUGUUGAGUUUUAACGAUCGAACGUUGUUGUUGACAUGGUCAACCUGAUUGUAAUCAAUUGACCAUAUCGAAAAAUAUUAAGAGGAGUGUGCGCGACCUUGCCCACCUUCUGUAUCUGCCCCAGAAAUUGAUGUAAAAACCUGCUGGCCGGAAAAAACAAUCAAUUUUUUUGGUACACCCUGUUGACUCAAUAGUAUUUGCACUGCGCUGUAUAUAAAUGUACUACAAUUUCGUGUUGAGGCAAAAUCUGUAGAUUACUAAUUACAUUAUAGUAGUUUUCUGGUGAAGUUCAAAACUAGAUUUUGAACAGCGACAUCUUUAUCCAUUGCUUGUUAUUGUUAAAUCAUUCAUUUCUACCAUCAUUGACAAACCGUCGCUCACUAAAUUUGACUUUUAAUGAAUCCAGUUAAACGAUUUGUUUUUAGUUAUUCACCAAAUACCGCAAAACCAUGAAGUAAUACACUAAUAAUGUAUGACAUGUACAUUGUAUAUUGUAUAAAGAAUGUAAAUUUAGGACUGUGUAAAUUUUCACUCUAACUUGCUCCGUGUUCCUUGUACAAUUGCUAUAGUUAAUGUAUGGGAGUCUGGUUCUUGUGGUGUGAAAAAGUCUCAUUCAGAAAUGCAGUAGAAUAUACUUGUAAAUUUACAAGAUGUAUAUUUUAACUUUUACAUUUAAUGUAUGAGAUAAAGUGUAAGGAAGUGAUUUUCAGUAACUGUUAGAAUUCCUUUCAGAUCGGUAUCUUACAUUCUACAAUCAUCACAUAAAAUGUGGUGAGAAGGUGAUCCUGUUGUGCUCGAAGAUGGGGAUUUUCGUGAAACAGGGUAUUGGGUUACCUCUUGUUGAUUUCUUGGAUACUUCGCACGCCUUACCCUGACAUCUUGGAGUGAUUUCUGAAAGCGUCAUUGGGCAAGAGUCUUCACAUCUCUUACAGUUAUCAUCAGCAGUUAAUCAGAGGUAGUAUUCCAAGCCAGGAAAUAGGGUGCCGGUCAAGGACAUUGUCAGGCACCAAAUUGUGAUUUUAGAGGUUUUGACAGGUACACAUGAGUUGCUGUCUGUCUCAUCGACAGGUACAAGCUGCCCGUUAUUACAACAAUAAUCCAUUACAUGGCAGACAGCAAAAUCCUGUGUGACAGGCACAAAACCAACUCUGUCUUACACCUUUUCAGGUACCAAUGACAACACUUAUUCCAGGCUUGGUAUUCAUCUAGCCUAUCACUUCAUACAUCCUUAUUAACACCCAGCUUAAUGAAACUGUUACAUAUAUUGACCUUUCCUUAGGUUACAUCACCCCGGAGAAUCAAAAUCCUGAACUCCGGGCAUUGUGUGCCAAGUCCAGGGUCCGAGUCGUCUGGUAUUCCUGAAUUCCGAGUCCCUCAAGUACAGUAUUGAAGAAUGAAGUUAAAUUAUCCAGUGUACAGUUGUAUAUGUGACCCGUCACAGCAAAACCAGGCGCAUGUCGCUCUGAGCUUGGCAGGUUGAGACAGACUGUUUGUUCAUUUCUCUAUUGUCUGCCUUUUGUGAAAUAUGAGCACAUCAAUUUCUCCCAUUAUCUCCUGGUGUCAUUUAGGCUCAUCUUCUGUGCGACAUGCGCCUGGUUUUGGUGUGACGGGUCACAUAUCAUCACCAAUCUUUGAAAUAGGAACUGAGCAGACCAAACCUGCUUUCAAAUAUCAUAUCAAGAGAAGUGGCUAUUUAUUUAGCCCAAGAGAGUACAUGUACAUAAGACGUUUCUUUCUAACUCUUUUCUUGUGCUGUGUGACGAAUUUGUAUAUAUUUUUCUCUUCAUAACUGUUAGGGUGCGCCACUAGGCAUAUGUGUGAUGCAGCUGACGGGUACACUGGCUCAUUCUACACUCAGUUUGCCAGAAUCAUCCAGACACCAUCACUGUGGAAUUCUAGCCAAUAGUUCAUUUCAUGAGAAAAUGGUGCAGCAGUUGAAAAAAAUGUAUUGUUUCGUAUGAAAAUUCAAUGUCUGACACGGAUAUUGCCAGAGUCAGGCAACACAUGACAGAGAACAAAAAAUUCGAGGCAAAGUGCAAAUUUCCCAGUGCCAGCCAUUCACGAAAUUGACAAUACAUGUAGUUCAAUGGAGGGAAAUUCUGGCAGACUUAGGUUAGUGUGACAGGUACUAAUUUGUGUGAAUUUCAAGACAUUGAUUCGUCUUCUCUGGUUGGAUGUGCUCACAUAGGCUACUUUAGACAAUUUGUGGUGCGUCUGAGGUGUGUUUAGGUUCUAGCUGUGAUGUGUUUACAAAAUCACACGCCGUGCUGGCUGGGUUGCCCCAUCGUUGUUUUAUAGGAAACGCCUACUGUGUUACCAGGGAUGUGGGAAGACCAAUUCGUCUCGUAAAAAAUCUGUUUGACAAGUUGCGUUCAAAUUUGAAGGUACAGUGUGGCUAAACGACGCAAUGAUGCCCCCUCUCUCCACAUGUAAUGCAGCUUUUAAAAGCCAUGACUGAGGUAUUUACAACUGACGUUUCUUGUAGUGAUGCAUACAGAUGAAAGAUGGCAGCACUAGUCUUGGUGUUCAUGAGUUGUGACAUUUAUUCUGUAUUGCAAAUCUCCCCAUCUCUGAUUUCCUCCUGAAUAUAAUUACAAAAUCAUCAAGUUAUAAACAGUCCAAAAUAUAAAAAAACAAAUAAAUUGACUCUAGAGUCCGUGACAUUGUUGAUGCCUAACCCUCAUUGGGGAACCUAAAACCUCUCAAAUGACACCUCAUGUUUUGAUUGACGUCAUGUUGAAGUGCAAAUGAAGAUGUUAAGGAAUUUGCCAACAUAGAUCUGUUAAUUGAUGGAUACAUCACCCUGGCAAAUCAGUGUCACCUUUCUUCAUGGGAAUCCUGUCUGCAGAAAAUAAUGAUCUCAUUUGCGCAGGAAAACCAUCAAGGCUUAGAAAGAGUUUUUAAAAGGGCCUUGAAAUUCAAUAAAGUGCAUCACAUCUGAUAGCUGGUUCACUUCUUUAAACUGUGAACGAAAUAAUUUGAACCGAAAAUGUUAACGAUUUCUCUAUUGAGAGCAGAGCAAGCUUUUUGACAUCUGCCGUAUAAAAAUGUGUUUAGAGGAUGCACUAAAUUCAUUACUGGGAGGAAAUAUUUUGUAAUAGCUCAUUUUAACGAUUAUCAGAUGAUUUCGCAUACCCAAACAUUGACUCUUGAUGCGUAGUGGCCAAACCAUCAUUUGUUGAUUGUGCUGUGAUGUGGUUACAGGGAUGCCAAUUAGCGAAGGUGAUAAUAUGACAUUUUGAAUGCACACCACGAAGCCCACAGUGAACUAUUGACUGGUGCGAUCAACUUUCUUCUGAUGUCAUCUUUUGAUAGACUCGACAGUAUUCUCCUGAUGAAUUCCUUUAUGUUCUGUGCUUGAACUGUGGUGACCGUCUUUAUAUUUUUAAUCAUCUGUGUUGUCAGUGAGUUGUCUAAAGCUGUUUUAACUUAUGCACAGUUCUAAAAUGCUGAUUAUUUUUACUCACAAACCCUAAGGGUAUGUUGGUUGAUGCCAAGGCCCUUACCCCUUUAUUAUCAUGUUAUACUUUGCUAUGCAAUUAAAGAUGAUGAAAUCCCCCUCCCCUUCAAUGAGAGUAUAAUUUGGCCUAUUCUUGUAUGGCCAAAUUCUUUUCAAAAGUGGCUCUCUCUUACAAAAGUACUGAUAUAAAUUAAAUACCGUACUCCAGAUCUAUCAAGCCUUACAGAUAUGACAGAAUGUUGUUUUCUCGAUGUGAAAUAACCCAUCACUACAAAACUGUGUUGGGAAAAAUGUGUGCAUAAUCCCUUUCAGCUUUGCAUUGCAACUUCUGUGAUUUAUUUUCUUUUUCUCUUUAGCAUUGAUAAUAUAUUCAGGGUUUGAGAAAAUUUAAGAAAAAAUCUUAAUAUUUUUCAAAAUGCCCAAAUUUUAAGAGUUUGUUCAUUCUGUCAUCUUGUUUGUUUGUUUUGCGUAUCUUGCCUGUCUUGUUCUGUAAAUACUAGCGGUUUGUACAAAUUUGCCAUUAUUUAUUACAAUUAAUAUGUUAUCGUUCUUGUCAAAAUAAGCUCAUAUAGAUUUAAUUUUCUAAAACUUUGUUGCUGUUUUGUCGAUGUAGGGCAUGCUACUUGCAAUUGUCUUGACGAUGCAUUACUUCGACAAAACGUUUACAAAUUCACUGCAGCUAUUUGUUUCACAAGAAAAUGCUUUUUGUGAGAAAUGAGUUAGGUAUAUUGGUCAUGAAACUCAAAUCUCAGCGUCUAGUUCAUAGACUAACAAGCAGGCAUACAUACACUACGAAAGGAGUGCAAUCCAUUGUAAGUCCAUGCUAAUAACCCUUAAGAGAUACAUGUAUGUGGAAAGUUUUGGUAGUAAUCAAAACCACGCCUAUUGCCAUCAAUUCCAAACAGGGUUUCCUAAAAAAAUGCUAACAUUAUUCAACAUGAUGACGUUUAAGGGCUCUGUUCUAGCAGACGCUGUGAGUGAAUCUACUUUUUCUGAGUAGAAUGUUAAAAUGUGUAAAUGUUUACAUCUCUUACCAAAGAUAAACAAUACCAGGAUGAUAUUACCAAUUAACUCUCUUAUUGAUUUCCUGCAAUCCUACUUUGUCCUCCGAGAAUGGAUUGGCGGAGAUCACAGUGUGCUGCAUAAUAGCCCAUUUGUGACUCGCUCUACCAAAACUAGGCGCUUGUCACAUCUGAACUUGACAGGUUGAUACGGACUUGUUGUUCAUUUCCCUAUUGUAGACCUUUUGUGAAAUCUAUUACAAACUGAUUUGGUCACAUUUCACAAAAGGUCUACAAUAGGGAAAUGAACAACAAGUCCGUAUCAACCUGUCAAAUUCAGAUGCGACAAGCGCCUAGUUUUGGUAGAGCGGGUCACAUUUGUGUAUGUUAUAUCUGCAUGGUUUAGACCUCUAAAGCGUGAAGCACAAUUUAGAUUUUUUAUUGGGAAGUUGAGAUAUAUAAAAACCAGUUCUAACAAGUUCUAACAGGAUUUUUAGUGUAGGAUUGUCAGUGCAGAAAUUAAUAAAUUUCUUCAGCCCCCAUAAUUUGUUUCUGGGUAUCUCUCAUUCAUGAUUGACACAUGAGUGGCUAGAUGAACAUGAAAAGAUGAUAACUUGAGAUUCCAUCCAGAUUUGUUGAGUAAUAAACCGUACAGAGUGGAAAAUGCCCCCAAUCCAAUGCAAACGCCAAUGUGCAUAAAUACAUACAAAGUUUUUUCAUUUCAUUGCCAUGGUUACUCCACGGUUACUAGAAAUUUAAAACCCUGUUAGGUUCGAAUUUGAGAUUAAUAACAACCAAACUUCAAAGAUAUCUGACCAGUAGUUCAUGCUACAGAACCUAAAUCGAUGUGGAACUGACAUUUACAAAUGUACAUCCGAACACUGGCGUUCUAUUGAGUAAAGGUGUUUUAAAGAGAUCCAGUCAUGGCAUAAGUCUUUAUUUAGACUAGCUGAACCUGGUAAAAAUAACUAAAUUGGUGUUUACUUCUUAUGCAUUUCCAACUACCUAAGGGGAACUCGAAACUGCUAGCAUUUAUCAAUGGAAGCUUAUUCCCGCCUUAGGUUUGAACCGGGCCGUUCAAAACUCCCCAUUUUUAUAAGCGUUUCACUAUAGGUUUCCUUUAAGUCAACUGAUUCACUAUUAUCAGCUGUGAACCACAGGUAUAAUUCAUUAAUCAACUUUAAAGGCCUACGCCAAAUCUAAAAUUUAUAAUUGAAUUUGAAAAUAUCCAUAGGCGUAAAGACAUCCUGAAAAUAAUUUCCCACAUGCUGUUGUGUAGAGAGAUAUUUGAAUACCAAAGAUACCAAAUUUCAGCAAAUUUUUAUUCAUACUAUUAAAACUGCUCUACAGCUUUGUGUAUAAAUGCACUUCUAUUUCCCUGGACCACCAGUAUUUUCAAAUGGCGUACUCCUUUAAACACCUGUCCGUGUUGGUGAUCAGGUGGUGACAUGUUCACUUGGCUAGCUGGAGCAGUAUUAGGCCUUCAUCACCUGUGAAGCUUCAAUUGGUGACACAUUUAAUGAUUUCCACUAAUGAUGGACUCGCCCUGAGGAUCAGCUUCUCAGCUUGCCAAGAAAUUUGUGUAUUCAAGCAGGUCUGCUAAUUGACCAAGCUGGCCUAACCUGGGUAGUAUGUGAGACAGGCCUAUGGUAGUCCAGGUCAGACCAGCUCAGAAUGUUGGGUGGCCUGACAAGCUGGCCCAUCCGGACUCUCAUGCGUUUGCAUCACCACUAUCGAGAUCCACGAGUGAGCAAUUUAGCGAUCUCAAAACAUUGCAGGUCAAGAUGAGCUGGCCUAACUUGGGAAGUUUGUGACACAGGCCUGAGGAAGUCCAGGACAGGCCAGCUCGGAAUGUUGGGAGGCCUGCCAAGCUGGCCUUACUUGGGAAGUUUGUGACAGUCCAGGACAGGCCAGCUCACAAUGAAUGCUGGGAGGCCUGCCAACUUGCCAAGCUGGGAAGUUUCUGAGAAGGCUUGAAGGUAGUCUAAAAUUGACCAACUCGGAAUGUUGGGAGGCCUUUCAAGCUGACCUAUCUUGGGAUGUUUCUGAGACGAGGGAGUCUAAAACAUGCCCGCUCUGAUAUUAGGAGGCCUGCCAAUUUGCCAAGCUGGCCUAACCUGAUUUGUGGCAAGUUUGUAAAUUCUCCAGAAUGGGACAGCGAUCAAUGUGAGGGGCUUAAAGAACACAAAGCAAUGGGAAUUUUCAAAGAAAUCACGGACCCAAGGGGUAAAAUAGUGAGCAAAAAGCCUUUUAAACUGAUUUAUGUUUACUUAAAAAGCUUACUAAGACUUUAGAAUCAGUUGUUUCAAUAUUUAAAUUGAAUAUAUUUGAAAAGUUUGAUGCCGUUAUUUCAUCUUUCUGUCUUGUCUCCUGUUGUGGUUAAAGUGUCAUCCACCUGAACAAGACCCAAAGUACCAAUACAGUGACUGCACAUUUCGUAUGGUUUAUUGGGUCUUCUUAGGGUGGCACACACUCUUUUUGUUUUUUGAAGCUUAGCUUAAAACUGUUUUGAUUCAGUUUGUGAGGUUACAUUGUUCAUAAGAUACGACAUGUGUAUUUUUAAGAAUACAAACAUUUUCUUCUUCAAGUA